GUGUCGUCUGCAGCGAAAAAAUCAUGGUGCAAAAAUGUUAGUGAACACAUUGUAAAAAUGAUUCCUAAAAGGAAUUGCUAUUUAUUGUGUAAAAAUGUAAUGAUUGCAGUACUUUUCUGUGGUUUUUUGUUUAUGUUUAUUCGCCUUUACUUCAGUCAAUCCUCCGGUAAACCAUCCAAAGAUCAACACCUACAACAAGUCUUAUCGGAACGAAAAAAUGUGACAGUUUUACCAGACCUUUGGCUAAAAGACAAUGUAGCAUACAGGGACACUGCAAACAAUAUAUUGGUUUUAUCCAAUAAUGUGCAUGUUUUUUAUUAUCCAUGGUUUGGAAACCCAGAAGAUGAUUCAGUGUACCUGCAUUGGAAUCAUGAAUAUCUGCUGAACUGGGACGAGAAAGACAAAAAUGUGUAUCCUACUGGAAAACAUGUACCACCAGGGGACAUAGGUGCAAAUUUUUAUCCACUUCUAGGUUGUUAUAGCUCAAAAAAUCCUGUCACUGUUGGCCAACAUAUGAAGUGGAUAAAACAGGCAGGAAUAGGGGUGCUUGUUAUUUCCUGGUAUCCACCUGACUUGAGUGACAAAGAAGGGAAGCCAUUUGACCAACUUUUUCCAAUGUUCCUGGAAACUGCUAGUGUGUAUAACCUCAAAAUAUCAUUUCACAUUGAGCCAUAUGAAGGAAGGAAUCCUGAAAACCUCAGAAGAAACAUAAAGUACAUUAUUGAGAAAUAUGGCAAUCAUACGUCAAUGUACAAACUCCAAAAGUCUCCGUCAAAAAAACCUCUUCCUGUUUUCUACAUCUACGAUUCGUAUCUCAACUCACCAAAUAGUUGGAGCUCCGUGUUAGGCGUUAGCAGUAAACAAUCCAUCAGAAAUACGGACAUUGAUGGAAUUUUCCUUGGACUAGUCGUCGAAUUUCGCCACAAGCAAGAUAUUGUAUCUGGGGGAUUUGAUGGUUUUUAUACGUAUUUUGCUGCUAAUGGAUUCUCCUAUGGAAGUUCAUGGAAAAACUGGAAAUCUUUAUCCUCGUUUGCCAAAAAAAAUGGACUCCUUUUUGCUCCAUCCGUUGGACCAGGUUACAUUGAUACCCGCGUCCGCCCAUGGAAUGUGAAGACCACCAGAGAACGCAAAAACGGGAAGUACUACAAGAUAGCUUGGGCGACGGCACUCCAGACCAACCCACCGUUGAUUUCUAUUACUUCCUUUAACGAGUGGCACGAAGGGACACAGAUAGAACCAGCUAUUUCCAAAUCAAAUAAAGGUUACGUUUACAAUGACUACUUACCCGGUGAACCAGAUUUCUACCUAAACUUGACUAGACAGUUUGUGUCUCAGUACAGUGAAAUCCUGUUCAAAAUGAAAACGUGAUGGAAGUAACUGGGAUUUAUUAUGCAAAGUAACAAUCAGAUUUUUUUUAAGGCUAAAUAACUAGUGCAAUCGUGACGUUCUUCAGAAAUGUCUUUUUCCUUAUCUGCAGUGUCGGUUAUCUUAAAAGGUAAACGACAUGGCGUCGAAUAAUCUUCUCAUUACUAAAUAAACUUUUAUUGGCUGGUCUGGCUAGUAAACCAAA